GCAAACAAUUGACCAAAAUCUUGGAGCGACAAAAAAGAAAAUCCCCCCUUUUUUUCCCGAUGCGCCGUAAUGUCGUUGGACAAUGACACCGGGAUCGUCUUCGCGGCGGCCCCGCCACCCGGCGUCCGGCCGGAUCCCAACAAGACAGUCAAUCUAGACGAUCUGGUCGUCCCCUCCUUGGCAACUUUUGCUUUGGUGGUGAUAACUUUUGCUAUUCGAAUAUACACUCGGGCCUGUUUGACCAGGGCAUUGUCAAUGGAUGAUUAUGUGAUGGCAGUUGCGGUGGCUUGGACGACUGUGUUCAUGAUCGCUGCAUUGAACAAUGCAAGAUGGGGCAUGGGAAAGGAUAUCUGGGACGUACCCUUGGAACCAAACAUCUUCCCUGCUUUUCUGCUGUGUCGGCUCAUAUCGUCGGUCGCCUUUUGUCUGGCCACGGGUUUCGCCAAAGGAUCCAUUCUACUCUUCUACUUGCGAAUAUUCCCAACGCGCAAGAUGAGAUAUAUCGUCUGGAUCUUGUUUGGCUUCACCGUUGGGUACUCGGUGGCCUCGGCCAUUGUCAACGUCUUUUCGUGCGAUCCGGUCGAGGCCAGUUGGCGGAUCGAAUACGCCACGACGGCGAGAUGCAUCAACAGGGGCCAUUUUUACUACACGCAGGCAGCGUUGGGAAUCUUGACAGAUAUCGCGACCGUGGUGACGCCGUUGCCCAUGUUGAAGACCCUCCGCCUCCCCAUGAGGCAAAAAGUCGGCGCCGGGCUCGUCCUGACCGUCGGGGCCUUUGUCUGCAUUAUUAGCAUCGUCAGGUUCAAGACGCUAUUUGACCUCGCUGACGAUGAUAACCUAACUCGAGAUACAAAACCCGCCCUGCUACUGUGCGUCCUGGAGCUCAACUUUUCCAUCAUCGGCGGCAACUUCCCCACCCUGCGACCCUUCAGCCGGAACAUCUUUCCUCGCCUGCGCGGCGGGUCCGGUAGCGCCUGUGGAUGGUGGAGCAAAUACUACGCCCGGAGCGAGAGGAUGUCGGGGGUGAUGAGGCGGGAAGCCAGGGUGCGCGGCUCCGGCGCCGGGGCGAGCCUCUGGAAUCUAGAGUUUGGUUUUGGCAACGUCGAGGCGUUCGACAACCACGCCAUCGGGGCAAGCAGCCUCCAUCGGGAUCGCGCAGGCCGCGACAGCGGCGAGCAAAUCCUCAUGGCGGGUAGGGAGCAGCGCCAGGAGGAGCACCACGAGGAGCACACGCGACAGCGGCGAGCAAAUCCUCAUGGCGGGUAGGGAGCAGCGCCAGGAGGAGCACCACGAGGAGCACAAGGAGCAAAAGCAGGAACAGCAGCCGCGGGACGAAGAGGCCGGGAUCAGUGGUCCUCGGGAGCAGACGGAGACGCGUGGCAUAACCAAAGCAAAUGACCUGGGGUGCAAGGAGAGUUCCAAGCAAAUACAAAGUGAGUCAUGACGUGGCACCCUGGCCUUUGGUAUGUACAAAAAACAAAGAAAGCAAAAAGAAAAAAAGAAAAAAAAAGUGUAUCGCUACAUACUUUUUAGUAACUCCGGUGCUUGUUUGCCCAACAUUCGUUGGUUUCCGUGAUCACGAUAUUUAACUAGAC